CAAACGAAUCUAAGGAAUCGUCAGUAGGAUCACCUCCGUGACAGAUAUUAGAUUACCUUGUCACUAUAACAGAAGGUGGGAGAAGUGAUCUGGUGACCAGAGGAUGUGGACCUGGUACAAAAUACUAAUUUUCUCUUACCUCGUGACAGAAAUUUGGAUGGAAAGGCAAUUUGUCUCCCGGAGAGAUAUGACACUAGAAGCUUAUUCUACUUGGAACCACACCGAUUUGGAAAGGACAAGAUUUAAAAGAGCUCUUUACAAGGGGCAUUACUGUAGGACUCGUGGUUGUUGUGAAGACAGAAAUGAUGACUGCAUAAUUCAUUUCUAUGAGGCAAAUGCCAUGUGUUACUGUGAUAAAUUCUGUGAAAGAGAAAAUUCUGAUUGCUGUCCUGAUUACAAGUCCUUUUGCCAAGGAAACAAUCAGUAUCAAAAAGGAACCACUCCAACUAGCCCAGAAGGUUGCCUCAGAGAUGGUCAACAUUAUGGAGAAGGAUCUGUAAUUAAAGAAAACUGCAAUAGCUGCACAUGCUCAGGCCAGCAGUGGCGAUGCUCCCAGCACAUAUGCCUUGUUCGCCCAGAAUUAAUUGAAAACGUCAAUACUAGAGAUAAUGGAUGGACGGCUCAUAAUUACAGUCAAUUUUGGGGAAUGACUUUAGAAGAAGGCUACAAAUUUCGCCUUGGCACCUUGCCUCCUUCUCCUACACUUCUGAGCAUGAAUGAAAUGACAGUCACUUUACCUUCACACACUGACCUGCCAGAGUUUUUUAUCUCCUCCUACAAGUGGCCUGGAUGGACUCAUGACCCAUUGGAUCAAAAAAAUUGUGCUGCAUCCUGGGCAUUUUCCACUGCAAGUGUAGCAGCUGAUCGAAUAGCAAUUCAGUCCAAUGGUCGCUACACAGACAAUCUAUCCCCUCAGAAUUUGAUCUCCUGCUGUGUCAAGAAUCGCCACGGAUGCAAAGGAGGGAGCAUUGAUAGAGCUUGGUGGUACCUGAGAAAACGUGGGUUGGUAUCUCAUGCAUGCUACCCACUUUUUAAGGACCAAAUCUUCAACAAUAAUGGCUGUGACAUGGCAAGUCGAUCUGAUGGACGGGGGAAAAGGCAUGCUACAAAACCAUGUCCAAACAACAUAGAGAAAUCUAAUCGAAUAUACCAGUGUUCUCCUCCAUAUAGAGUGUCUUCCAAUGAAACUGAAAUAAUGAAGGAAAUCAUGCAGAAUGGGCCAGUACAAGCCAUAAUGCAAGUCCAUGAUGAUUUCUUCCAUUACAAAUCAGGGAUAUAUAGACACACCAGCAACAUAAAGGAUGAAUCAGAAAAAUACCGAAAUUUACGUACUCAUGCAGUCAAACUUACUGGAUGGGGGGUUCUCAGAGGAGCACAAGGAAGAAAAGAAAAAUUUUGGAUUGCUGCCAAUUCCUGGGGAAAGUCAUGGGGAGAGAAUGGUUAUUUCAGGAUUCUUCGUGGCGUGAACGAAUCUGACAUUGAAAAGUUGAUUAUCGCUGCUUGGGGCCAUUUGACGAGUUCAGAUGAACCAUAACAUAUAAUUAAAUUUGCAUGACGCCCUGCACUUAAGUAAACCCCUUAAAAUGAGGUUUUUCAACUUUAGGUUCUCUGUAACAAUGGAAUGUAUAUGUCAUAAUCUGUGAUUAACUUUUACCACUUUAUUUUGUGGGGGGGGACUAGCUUAGUAUUAUAGUGCUACUUUAUUUCACUGAUUUAAACAAAAAACACUAAUAUAGCACAGCAGUAGUAUAAGCUACACAAAGCUUUUUAAAAGUUUCUCAUCUCUUCUUCCUUUUUCUUUAUUGUGAUAACACAAUGAAUUUUUUUUCAGCCUCAAUUGCUCAAAUGAUGAGAACACUCAUUUGUAGAUUUAAUAGUUCAUCUCUUCAAUAGUGGAAGUCUCAAGAACAGAAAAGAAUGGAGAAGUGAUCCUAAACUUUUAUGUCUGUCAUUUUAUAAAAUAAUAUUUUCAUCAGUGUAAAUGUGACCCAUGUACCACCAAAAACAAUAAAAUUAAUUUUUUGUUUAUUUCUCCCA